CGGGCCCUUACGCCGCCGACGCCAGGAGUGACCCCGUCUGGCGGCGCGCAGGCGCGUAGAACACCCUGCUGAAGGCGAGAAACGAAAGGAUGUGGCUCUGGAAUCAACCAAAGUAUGUAACGGGACCCAAAGGAGACUUCCGCGACAAUUGGUUUUCUGCAUUACUUAAUGGACCCAAUGUCUACCGGAACAGCCAGGUUGGAUGGUUCCUUCGCAAGCCUGACUGGAAGAACAUCGAGCUGCAGCCGUUCGAGAAGAACCUGUACGUGGAACACCCGGCCACGACAAGCAGGUCGAUGGCCGAAGUGAACGCCUACAGAAAAGUGAACGGUAUAUCGGUGAAAGGGUACAACGUGCCGAAUCCCAUCCUCGCUCUGGAAGAGUCCAACUUCCCGGACUUCAUCGUCAAGAGCAUCGGGGCCACACGCGACCACAAUUCACCCACGUGCAUCGAGGCACACUGCUGGCCCAUCGCACUCAGGUGCAGGAACUUUCUGGGCAUCGCGAACACGGGAUCACACAAGACGCUCGCCUACGUCCUGCCGGCAGUCAUCCACGUCAGCCGGCAGCCGCCACUAGAACAGGAAGACGGACCCAUCGCCGUCGUGCUAGCUCCGACACGAGAGCUUGCCAAGCAGAUUCAUAACAUAGUCUUAGAGUUGGGUGAGCACGCACGUGUGCGCAGCGUGUGCGCCUCGAACGGGGAGCCCAAAGGAGGUCAGUACGCCGAGCUGAAGAAGGGCUGCCACAUCUGCGUCACUACGCCUCAACGCCUCAUCGACUUUCUCGAGGAAGGCAAGAUGAAUCUGCACCGCUGCACGUACCUCGUGGUGGACGAAGUAGACCGUAUGGUGGCAAUGGGGUUCGAGCACAUUGUUCUGAAGAUUGCCGAGCACUGCCGGCCGGACCAUCAGACGAUUAUGUGGGUCACAUCCUGGCGAAACGAGCUCAGGCACUUUGUCGAGGACCUGCUCAACGACUACAUCGAAAUCGAGUUCGGGAAGGCGCAGCUACCAGCUGAAAACAGCGUGGAGAUGACCGUCGACGUGUGCCAGGAGGAAGAGAAGGAAGCGAAGCUAGUCGAGCUCUUCGAAGAUGUCCUCAAGGAGAAGUCAAAGAAAGCCGUUGUGUUCACCGACACGAGGAGGAAAGCCGACGAGAUUGCGUGGAAGCUGCGACUCCGGGGUUGGUCUGCCAUCGGCCUUCACGGCAAGAAAACGAAAAAGGAGCGCGACUGGAUCGUCUCCAUGUUCCGGACUGGUACGUCAAGCGUGCUCGUGACGACGGAGGAGGUGGCGCAGGACUUGGUCCUCGAGAACGUGUGCCUGGUUGUGAACUACGACUGCCCGGACUGCUCAGAGGUCUAUGUGCGCAGGGCGAGCCCCGUCGCGCACUCAGGUGAACCAGGCGUGGUUCACACAUUCAUCCUUCCGACCCAGCAGCUGUAUGCCAGAAACCUUAUAGCAAUUCUGAAGAAUUCCAAGCAGCUGGUUAAACCAGAGCUCUACAAUAUUGCAAGGAAAGCUCGUUCCAAAUGAUGACGCGUUUGACACCGGCGGUCGGCGAGGCGCCUGGGGUGACGGCGGCCCUAGGAAAGAACUGGGUGUCAUGAAGAACUCUCUUCAAAUUACCUGCCUCUGCUUAACCGAUGAGAGAGGCGGCAGUAUGUUUGCUUAACUUUACGCUAAGUAAAUAUUAUAUAACCGCAUUGACACGUGUACUUGUUUAUCUUUCUCGGCUGACCGCGUU